AUGGAGUGUGUUUCUUCUGUGACAUACUCCAUCCUUCUCAAUGGCAAACCUCUCCCUAAAUUCAGUCCCAGGAGAGGAAUUCGGCAAGGAGAUCCGAUAUCCCCAUUCCUGUUCCUCCUGUGCAAUGAUGUUUUAUCUAGAAUCAUUUCUAAAGACCAAGAACUGGGGAGGAUUCAUGGAAUUCAAUUGGCGAGAGGAGCUCCGGCAAUUUCCCACCUAAUGUUCGCAGACGAUACGAUUCUUUUCUGCAGAGCAAAUAGCAGAGAGGCUGAGAACCUUGGCAAAUGUUUAAAGAUUUUUGAAGACUGGUCGGGUCAAAGAUGUAGCAAACCAAAAUCAGGUAUCCUAUUUUCUAGUAAUUGUCCUGCUACUAUCCGAAGUGAGAUAUCACAGAAAUUGGGUAUUGAUACAAUGAGGGGAGAUGAGAAACAUCUGGGUAAUCCCUUUCUUUUCUCUAGAAGUCGCCGAAAGGAUUUUGACUUUCUCAAAUCAAAACUCCUUUCUCGACUUGAGGGAUGGAGGAUGAAAUCUCUCUCUAUAGCAGGGAGAAUGGUCUCUAUUAAUUCUGUUGCUAUGGCAAUCCCAGCGUACUCCAUGUCAACGAAUAAACUCCCGAGUUCUUCUUGUAAAGAGAUGGAUGCCAUUGUGAGAAGAUUCUGGUGGAAAGGUAAUCUCAAAGGCUCUCGAUUCCUUGCUACUAAAACUUGGGAUUCUCUCUGUCAACCUAAGUGCUGCGGUGGGUUGGGUUUUAGAAGAUUUGAAGAUUUCAAUUUGGCUCUUUUGUCUAAAUUGGCUUGGAUGUUGGCUACUGGUACUGAGAGACCAUGGAUUAGAUCUAUUAAAGCUAAAUACUUUGCUCUUGAAUCCUUCUGGCAAGUCUCUCCUAAAGCUUCGGACAGUCCGGGGUGGAAGGGAAUUCUUGAGGCGAGAAGAAUUAUUGUGGAAAGUGCUACUACUAUUAUUCACAAUGGCGAAGAUAUCGACAUAUGGUUUCAACCAUGGAUCCCAUGGUUAAACUACACAGAAUUCAGGGACACUAUGGAAGGGAUAAGAUCCAAAGCUCCUGCUCUUCGUUCAGUUGCUGACUUACUCUAUCGUCGAACCCGAACUUGGAACGUGGGAUUUCUUAAAUUUCUAUUUGGGGAGGAGUUAGGAAUCAAGAUCAGUUCGAUCCAGAUUAAUUAUCAAGGCAGUUCGGAUAUGGUUAUUUGGAAGGGGUCAAACUCUGGUAAUUUUUCGGUUAAAAGUGCCUAUGUUUCAAGCCAAGGAGUGCGAUUUGGUAAACAAGAUUUGCUAUGGAAGGAUGUAUGGCAUUCCGGUAUUCACCCGAGACAGAGUAUGAUUCUGUGGAGGGCUAUAUCGGAUGCUCUGCCUACUCGAAAUAGAUAUGGGGGUGACAAUGGAACUGGAUGUUUCUUUUGCAACGAUUGUGACGAGUCUCCUUUGCACUUAUUUGGUAGAUGCACGUUAGCCAGAGCUAUAUGGUUUGGGGGCCCUGUUCCCAUCCACUCUGAGCAAAUUGUUGGGUGUGAUCUAGCUGAAUUUGCCUCUGGUAUUAUCUCUAUCCUGAAAGCAUCAAAGAUGGAUGGGCCUUUAAUUUGGUUGGCGUCUGUUAUGGAGAUUAUUUGGCUUUGGAGAAACAAGCUGAAUAGAGGGUUAGAUGUGACCAUUAAUCCGGAAGUGAUUCUUGCUGAGAUCAAAAGUAGGUAUGCUGAGAUGGUGGAAAGUCUUUCUAAGACUAAGAAUGAUCACAAGGCAGGCUCCAUGAAGAACCCGACUGAGGGGAGUAAGAUUCCGUUUACUCCUAAAGUUAUUGUAGUAGAUGGAGCCUUCAAAAAUGGGAAGUCAGGUGGUGCUUUCGUUGCCAUAGACUAUGGUAGUAAUACUUGGGAAGGGAAUUCUUUCAGAGGCACUCAAUCAGACGCUACUGGUGCGGAGAUGGAAGCUAUAAACAUGGCGCUGGGCUGGGCUGAAGAUAGAAACUGGAACAACUUUGUUGUUUUUUCUGACUCUCGAAUUUGCCUGAAUGCUUUUGCUACUGAGAAGCCUCCUCACUGGAAACUUUGGCCCCUUUUCUCUGAAAUUCAGGCCCGAAGAAGAAAGUGUCCUGAGAUUCUGUUUUCUUAUGUCAAUCGAAAUGUUCUUAGUUUUAUUGAUAGUCUAGCUAAAGAAGCAAGAGACUCUAAUCUUGCCGACUGUAACUUUCAAGGGGAGGGAUAUCCCCCUGUGGAUCCCAGUUAUCUUUUCAUGGUUUAA